GACUGCACUCGCUGGCGGAUGGGAAGGAGAGAGGUAGCUCCCAGUGGAUCAAGGCUGACUACAGUCGCUCUUCUGCCCCAAUUAUCAACUCAUUAUCCAUCUCCGGCCAUGUUGAGGCGGAGUUUAACGCGUUUAGCUUCCUCUACCCUCGGGAGAACGCUCGAGACCCCCGGCACUUGGUCAUGUAGCUGUCCACGAGGGCUGAGAACCGGGCCAGUCGUCCAAGCUCUCUUCAACGUGCAAGACGAAGCAGAUUUCACAGACAGAGUUCUCAAGUCGUCGACUCCUGUCGUCGUGGCUUUCCACGCCCAAUGGUGUGGACCCUGUAAGCUUCUUGGCCCACGUCUAGAGACCAUUAUUGGAGGAAGGGGAGAUAAAGUUCACCUGGCUAAAGUUGAUAUCGAUGAUGUUUCAGAUAUCGCACUCGAUUAUGGGGUCUCUGCUGUUCCUUCUGUCCUUGCGGUAAAAGAUGGUAAAGUUGUUGAUAAGUUUGUGGGUCUGCAAGAGGAAUCCAGGAUUGAGGCGUUUGUUAACCGCUUGAUUGGAGAAUAAAAACCUCAAUCUAAAUACAGUUUAGAAAAUCUGGAGGAACUUGUUCAUUUAGUUGAAUAUCCAACAACAAUGAGCAUAAUAAGUUUGCCACGAUGUUCGUUUUCCAUUUUCUUCGUGGUUCUUUUUCCAUUUUCUAAGUAGUUACUGAAUUUCUAUUUUAAGACAUGGAGGAACAUCGAUUCUUAACCUAUAUUACUCCUCUUGUGCACAUGUACCUGUGAACAAAGCAAAACUGCAGGGAAGACAUGGACAUGCUAUGGAACCUGUGACUGAAUAUUAAUCUCGACUAUUCUGCCUCGGAUAAAAUAAAUGAUGCACAUACACUGUGCUGUAUUACGGUGCUUUUUCAGCAGUUGCGUCUUUGUUACAGUGGUUGCAUUAUGCAUGUAAACAGUCUAUACAGGUAUAUAUACAUUUUCUCCAUGAAAUAAUAAAGUAGUGAGCCUUCCUCACUUCACUCAUUUAGAAGGUGCAUGAUGCUGUGCAGAAUAUUUUACUUAAUAUUUUGUUUUAGUCUGCAUCUAAUACCUUCGUCUGUAUAUGAGGUGUAAUUAUUGUAGUCUUAGUGUAUAAUAAAGGAUUGUUCUUUGUAAGGAAAAUAUUAUUUAUUUUAAUGCCAUGUAUGCGUGUGUGUGUACAUUGUCACACACACACAUAUACAGAUGCAUAUACACAUAAGUGUACAGUUCACACACAGUUAUGUGCACAUACCAGUGCUGCAAGCACAUCAAGAUGCACAUGAACACUAUAGCAUGCCCACUCCAAGAGCUAGAGCUUAUUUCUUACAAAUGCUUAGAUAAGUGCAUACACCAUACUAACUGACCAAUGAUUAAAUGUUAUGCAUAAUAAUAAUUUAAACUUUUAAUAACUUUCAAAAAUAUAUACACGUCUCUAACCAAGAGAACUUGGGCUUUCAUUCUUGUCUCUUUGUCAUAUGAAAACACUGCUAUAGUGAAUAACUUCCUUGCCUUCAUGACAUAUACUGACAUAUAUUGCCUCUUAGGCAAUGGUUAAUGCCCCAAGUUUAUGCACCUUUUUUUUUAUUAAAUAUAAAUUGUAUGUGUUACCCACAGGCAGAAUUUUUGCAAGUGAGGAAAAGUGAUGUAAUUGAUCUUGUUACCUGCACUAGAUAAAUGUAUAUAGAUUAAAUGGAUCUUUCAGUAUUCAUUAUUUUGUAGUUUGAAUUAUUUAAAAUUGUGUGCUGUGCUGUAGGAUUAUGUAUAUGCAAUACUGUAAAUGAAAGUUUAAGAUUUAGUUAGGUAAUUAUUGCACAAUACUAUAUGUAAAUACAAAUACUGUAAAUGUACGAGAUUUGGCAGCUUGAUCGUGUAGGCAGAAAUAAUAAAUACAAAUAGUAAAUAAA